GUGAUGGACUUGUACCCUCAGAAUCGGAAACUCGCCGGUGCUGCAACUCGAACCUUCGCGGCUAUGGCGAAGAUUACCAGCAAACAUUUGCAAGACAUAAUUUCUGGUGAAAUUCGGCCGAUCUCCAACGCAUUGCACGAGCAUGCACGCAGCCGCUCGGUCAACCUCCAUAUUGCAGAGCUGAUUCACUUGACGGCUCAGACGCGCCCAGACUUGAUAUCAGAUGGAUUGAUCAUCAUGCCGUGCAAGUCCUUGAGGAGUUCAACUCGAGAUGCAGAGAUUGCCACCCAUCUAUUGCAGUCCCUAGAGAUCUUCUUAACAGCCUCAGCUUCCAAAAAGGGAGCGCCUGGAGCGUUCAACAUCUCAAUCGCGCAAGCUUUGCCUUCCGACGUUCUGGUGAAAAUUGGGGAGACUCACCUGGCAGACUCUGAAGUGAUUACGCCACUAUGCAACUGCAUCGUUUUGCAAGCAACAUCGUCCAUGGAGUAUCGCGAUGAUUUCGUGAAUGCUGGCACAAUUGCAAUUCCCCUGAGAGUCUUUGAUCAGGCAG